ACCUCCCUCCGAAUUCCCGUGUGCGGAUAGAGGAGAGAGAUCGAGAAGGGGCGGAAGGACCUCUUUCGCCCUCCGAUCUCCGUAGAUCCAGCCGCGAGGAUGGUCCUCACCGCCCGAUCCCUCGCCCCCCUCCUCCUCAUCCUCCUCGUUGUAGCCGCCGCAUCCCCGGCGUCCGCCUCGGAGUCCGACCAUACGUACCAAAACGAUGACCAUGUUACUCUUUGGGUAAACAAGGUUGGGCCAUAUAACAAUCCUCAAGAGACAUACAAUUAUUAUAUCCUUCCGUUUUGCCAACUACCAGGGAAUGCUGCCCAUAAGUGGGGUGGGCUCGGGGAGGUUCUAGGUGGUAAUCAACUUGUUGAUAGCCAGAUUGAGAUAAAGUUUCGAAAAAAUGUUGAUAAGGCUUCCAUCUGUGCUAUUAAUCUUGAUGCUGCUAAGGUAAAACAAUUCAAAGAUGCAGUAGAGAGUUCGUAUUGGUUUGAAUUCUUCAUUGAUGAUUUGCCUCUAUGGGGUUUCAUUGGGGAGACUGAUAAGACCAAUGAAAAUCGACACUAUCUUUUCACUCACAAGGAUAUCGUUGUAAAGUACAAUGGUGAUCAGAUUAUUCAUGUCAAUCUCACCCAAGAAUCUCCUAAACUCUUGGAAGCUGGCAAAAGCUUAGACAUGACAUACUCAGUGAAAUGGAUAGAAACUGAUGUAAAAUUUGCUCGACGUUUUGAUGUAUACUUGGAUUAUCCUUUCUUUGAGCACCAGAUUCACUGGUUUUCAAUUUUCAAUUCUUUCAUGAUGGUUAUAUUCCUCACUGGUCUUGUAUCAAUGAUUUUGAUGCGAACUCUUAGAAACGAUUACGCAAAAUAUGCUCGUGAAGAUGAUGAUUUGGAGACUCUGGAAAGAGAUGCGAGUGAAGAGUCUGGAUGGAAGCUUGUUCAUGGUGAUGUCUUUCGCCCCCCGUGUAAUCUAGUUCUUCUUUCAGCAGUUGUUGGUACUGGUGCUCAGUUGGCUAUGCUUGUCCUCUUGGUCAUUUUGUUGGCAAUAAUCGGGAUGUUGUAUGUUGGGCGAGGAGCUAUUGCUACUACUUUCAUUGUGUGCUAUGCUCUUACGUCUUUCAUUUCAGGCUAUGUAAGUGGCGGUCUUUAUUCACAAAAUGGUGGUAUGAUUCUCAACAAGCUUCCCACUGUACAGUGUUCUCACGAUAUAUAUAGCAUGAUCUAUUGUGUACUUCUUUGGUGUGAUUGCUCAUUCAUCUUUGCUGCUGUUAUUGUUUGUUUGAUGCAUGGCUUUCUUUUCUCAGGUAAAAGCUGGAUAAAGUCGAUGAUCCUUGCUGCAUCCUUGUUCCCAUUUAUGUGCUUUGGGAUUGGCUUUAUACUUAACACAAUUGCUAUCUUUUAUGGUUCACUAGCUGCUAUUCCAUUUGGCACUAUGGUAGUUGUGUUUAUAAUUUGGGCCUUCAUCUCAUUUCCACUAGCACUUCUUGGCACUGUUGUUGGUAGAAACUGGAGUGGUUCUCCAAACAAUCCUUGCCGUGUGAAAACAAUUCCUCGUCUGAUUCCUGAAAAGAAAUGGUAUCUUACACCGUCCAUAAUCUCACUUAUGGGCGGCUUGCUUCCUUUUGGUAGCAUAUUCAUCGAGAUGUAUUUUGUCUUCACAUCCUUUUGGAAUUACAAGGUGUACUAUGUCUAUGGAUUCAUGUUGCUGGUUUUCCUGAUCCUAAUCAUCGUCACUAUGUGUGUAACAAUUGUUGGCGCAUACUUCUUGCUCAAUGCUGAGAACUAUCACUGGCAGUGGACUUCAUUCUUCUCUGCCGCUUCAACAGCUGUGUAUGUGUAUCUCUACUCUGUGUAUUACUACUACAUGAAGACCAAGAUGUCAGGCUUUUUCCAGACCAGCUUCUAUUUUGGUUACACAUUGAUGUUUUGUUUGGGUUUAGGUAUACUAUGUGGUGCUGUGGGAUAUCUCGGCUCUACCAUGUUUGUGAGAAGGAUAUACAGAAACAUCAAAUGUGAUUAGGUCCAGAAUCAGGAGGCUCUGUGCACAUCUAAUAAUACAUCACCAAGAGAGACCAACCUGUUCGGUGUAAGAUGUGAGUUGCUGAUCAAAAUUGAUGGCCUUCUAAACAUGGAUGACUCUGCUUUUGCUUGCUUCAUAUUUUUGCAACCUAUCUGCCCUUUGUUUAUUUUUCUGGAUGUAGAGAUGGUCUUCUUAUACUAAAUUUAGAGAUACUGUCACGUCUAAAAUCUUGUAGCAAUCAUAAAACUUAUUAGUUAUCUUUUGGGUUACUCAGGACUUGGAACCUUGUGACCCUUUGAACAAAUGAAUUCACAGAUUAAUAAUGCUUUA